AGCUGAAUGGGCGCGAGCGCGGCGCUGAGGGCGGGUGGGGGCGCGGGGUACCGGGCUGGCGGCCUGCCGGCGCCCCCUCAUUAGUAUGCGGACGAAGGCGGCGGGCUGCGCGGAGCGGCGUCCCCUGCAGCCGCCGACCGAGGCAGCGGCGGCACCUGCCGGCCGAGCAAUGCCAAGUGAGUACACCUAUGUGAAACUGACAAGUGAUUGCUCGAGGCCUUCCCUGCAAUGGUACACCCGAGCUCAAAGCAAGAUGAGAAGGCCCAGCUUGUUAUUAAAAGACAUCCUCAAAUGUACAUUGCUUGUGUUUGGAGUGUGGAUCCUUUAUAUCCUCAAGUUAAAUUAUACUACUGAAGAAUGUGACAUGAAAAAAAUGCAUUAUGUGGACCCUGACCGUGUAAAGGUUGUUUCUUCAAGUUUCUGAGCCAAACUUAACUCUAAAAAGCAAAUAUUCUGUGUUAAAAGACACUAAUCAACACAGGAGCUACAUCAGACAUCAUAGGACAAAUUGUCAUCUAGAAGAGUAUAUUUUUAAUGCAGGAGAGUUUUUAAAACCCAGAUGGUGUGAUUUCAUUCCAGAGAGCUCAGAAAUAUGCUCAGCAAGUCUUGCAGAAGGAAUGUCGUCCCAAGUUUGCCGAGACAUCAAUGGCGCUGUUAUUUGAGCACAGGUAUAGCGUGGACUUACUCCCUUUUGUGCAGAAGGCCCCCAAAGACAGUGAAGCUGAGUCUAAGUACAAUCCUCCUUUUGGGUUCCGGAAGUUCUCCAGCAAAGUCCAGACCCUCUUGGAACUCUUGCCGGAGCACGACCUCCCUGAACACUUGAAAGCCAAGACCUGUCGGCGCUGUGUGGUUAUUGGAAGCGGAGGAAUACUGCACGGAUUAGAACUGGGCCACACCCUGAACCAGUUCGACAUUGUGAUAAGGUUAAACAGUGCACCAGUUGAGGGAUAUUCAGAACAUGUUGGAAAUAAAACUACUAUAAGGAUGACUUAUCCAGAGGGUGCACCACUGUCUGACCUUGAAUAUUAUUCCAAUGACUUGUUUGUUGCUGUUUUAUUUAAGAGUGUUGAUUUCAACUGGCUUCAAGCUAUGGUAAAAAAUGAAACCCUGCCGUUCUGGGUACGACUCUUCUUUUGGAAGCAGGUGGCAGAAAAAAUCCCACUGCAGCCAAAACAUUUCAGGAUUUUGAAUCCAGUUAUCAUCAAAGAGACUGCCUUUGACAUCCUUCAGUACUCAGAGCCUCAGUCAAGGUUCUGGGGCCGAGAUAAGAACGUCCCCACAAUCGGUGUCAUUGCCGUUGUCUUAGCCACACAUCUGUGCGAUGAAGUCAGUUUGGCGGGUUUUGGAUAUGACCUCAAUCAACCCAGAACACCUUUGCACUACUUCGACAAUCAGUGCAUGGCUGCUAUGAACUUUCAGACCAUGCAUAAUGUGACAACGGAAACCAAGUUCCUCUUAAAGCUGGUCAAAGAGGGAGUGGUGAAAGAUCUCAGCGGAGGCAUUCAUUGUGAAUUUUGAACACAGAAAACCUCAGUUGAAAAUGCAACUCUAACUCUGAGGGCUGUUUUUGACAGCCUUCUUGAUGUAUUUCUCCAUCCUGCAAAUACUUUGAAGUGCAGCUGGUGUUUUUAACUUUUAAUUUAAAAACACACAAAAAAUUUUAGCUCUUCCCACUUUUUUUUCCUAUUUAUUUGAGGUCAGUGUUUGUUUUUGCACACCAUUUUAUAAAUGCAACUUAAGAAUUGAAUUGGAAAGACUUCUCAAAGAGAAUUGUAUGUAAUGAUGUUGUAUUGAUUUUUAAGAAAGUAAUUUAGUUUGUAAAACUUCUGUUCGUUUACACUGCACAUUGAAUACAGGUAACUAAUUGGAAGGAGAGGGGAGGUCACUCUUUUGAUGGUGGCCCUGAGCCUCAUUCUGGUUCCCUGCUGCGCUGCUUGGUGUGACCCACGGAGGAUCCACUUCCAGGAUGACGUGCUCCGUAGCUAUGCUGCUGCUACAGGGUCUGUGACGCAGCGGCGUGAGGCCUGGACUGGUCGGAGAAGGUCACAGCCCUUCUCUGUUGGUCUGCCUUCUGCCGAAAGACUCGAGAACCAACCAGGGAAGCUGUCCUGGAGGUCCCUGGUCGGGGAGGGACAUAGAAUCUGUGUCCUCUGACAACUGUGAAGCCACCCUGGGCUGCAGAAACCACAGUCUUCCCAGCAAUUACAACAAUUAUUGAAUUCCUUGGGGAUUUUUUACUGCCCUUUCAAAGCACUUAAGUGUUAGAUCUAAUGUGUUCCAGUGUCUGAGGUGACUUAAAAAAAUAAGAACAAAACUUCUAUUAUCCAGAGUCAUGGGAGAGUACACCCUUUCCAGGAAUAAUGUUUUGGGAAACACUGAAAUGAAAUCUUCCCAGUAUUGUAAGUUGUGUAUUUAAAAAAAAAGAAGCUUUUCUGAAUGCCUACCUGGCGGUGUAUACCAGGCAGUGUGCCAGUUCAAAAAGAUGAAAAAGAAUAAAAACUUUUGAGGAGC